AUGCUCUAUGGAACAGUCAGAUGGGAUCCUCUGCUGAUAGUCGUCCAGAUAGUGGCGUUCCAAUGCUACUUUUACGGCACCCUUGGCUUGCUGCUCUUCCUCCUCACCGGACCGUAUGUGCCGGAUGUGAACCUCUUCCAUGUGUUUGACUGGCGAUGGAUCCAGCUGAAGACCUUCGUGGGGGCCAUGGUGAUCCUGGCUUUUGUCAUCACGUCCGUCCUCAACGCCGUCUUCCUCAGACUGAUGGUAUGGAGGUAUUGUUGUGGGCUCGUGCACGACAGGCCUCACUGUGGAGUUCCACGCAACUGCCCACUCCCUCUCCAUAUUUACAAUGCUUUUGUGCAGAUCAGGCGCGCCAAGAAGUGUCUGGACUUCACGGCCACCCUGUACGGCAUCCAUCUCAUACUUGUGUGGUCGACCUAUGGCCUGCCCCGGACAAAGACAUGGUGGAUCUGUAAUCUGGCGUUCCUAGCCAUCACGACGGGCCUUGGGGAGUGGCUCUGCAUGCAGAAGGAGCUGCAGGAUAUCCCUAUGAGCAGCCUGUCCACGGCCGGCGCUCGAAUAGAGCAAGAGCUGGUGCGUCAGAUUCCAGUUGUUACCAUCCUCUCCUAG